GAAUAAUAUCUCUUCUGAAUAUCUCAAGCUGGUCUUCGACAUAUGCAUGUAAUAUCUCUUUCUAUAUAUACUAACUCUUAUCAUGUGAAAGAAGUACAUAUAUAGCUUCAAUCGAAGCUAUAAAGAGCGGCUAUAAACGCUUGCGGGAAGGUAUUACCUAAGUUUCUGCCCCACUUAGACUUGCAAUUCUGGAAGAUCUUCCGUCAUUUUAGACUCCACCAAAACUAAGUCAAACUAAGACUAAGAUUUCACUACUAUCGAAUUCCGAUCUCAACUGCGCUCGUAAUAAACCUCGCAAGACGAUCCAUAUUGUGACGAAGCUAUCUAAAUACGAGAGAACUCAUUGUGAAUUAGACGAACCCAUCAAUAUCAAGUAGAAGUUAUCACCACAAUCUAAUACUUACAACACUUCAACGUACGAACAUGGCUCAAACAGCCAAGUCGGCCGCGCAUCUCGGCCCAACGCCCCUCGGAAGCAAGCCCUUCGUCUCUAAGUGGUCUUCACGAUAUAGAGGAGCAACCGUCCAAGACCUAGAACCCCCCUCGGCCCUCUCCCUCAACCCCUCAGACCCGAUCUCCCUCGCGCUCCUCUCCGCCUACGAGCGGGACUACACGCACCUGACCAUAAUCGACGGCGCGACGCGCGCGCUGCUAGGCUACAUCGCGAUCCCGGCGCUGCAAGCACAACUCGACACGGGGCGCGUGCGUCCCGACGACCCGCUAUCAAAAGCCAUGACGCGCUUCGAGCGCAAGGGCAAGAAGUACCGCGUCAUCACCAUGGCGACGCCGCUCGAGGAGCUCGAGGAGUUCUUCGAGGGCGGCGGCCUCGGACCCUUCGCCCAGAAGCAGGAGUUCGCCGUCGUCACGGACGAAGACCGCCGCUUCGUCCUCGGCGUCGCUACGCGCAGCGAUUUGGAGGAGUUUGUUAAGAGGAGGCCCGCGUGAAGGGGGUUUUACGUAUCUACGUUUAAAUGCUUGCGCAACUACCUACCUAGAUACGUAAUGUAAGGCAAGGUAAGGAGUGAGCUCCGGUGGAGGAGAUGUUUAAGAAGAGGGAGUAUGACACGUUAAGAUUACUAAGCACGGAUCGAUCUACGAGGGUUCAAUGAGAGGGUAAUUAAAAACAGACCAUAUGGUGAGAAUUGGCGCUAUGGGAAGAGGUUGAUUUGCUACGCGAUUGUUGAUAUUUAGCAAGGCCCAAUUCGAGGUAUUCAACACCUCAAACUACUACGUUGGGUAGGGCUAGGUGAGCUACAUAUACACGCACAUGUAUGAAGCUUAUUCAACAAAAUGAAGGCGCAUCUCAUACACACAUGAGAAUGAAAACCGCAAACCAUAUAUAUUGUACUUAAAUUUUAUGUAUCAGACAUAAGAAAUCAGCCGUAAUUCAUAUCCCC